GGCGGCGGCGGGCGGCGGGCGGCGAGCGGGCGAAGAUGGCGGAGCUCGGUAAGAAGUACUGCGUGUACUGCCUGGCCGAGGUGAGCCCGCUGCGCUUCCGCUGCACCGAGUGCCAGGACAUCGAGCUGUGCCCCGAGUGCUUCUCGGCCGGGGCCGAGAUCGGCCACCACCGCCGCUACCACGGCUACCAGCUGGUGGACGGCGGGCGCUUCACGCUCUGGGGGCCCGAGGCCGAGGGCGGCUGGACCAGCCGCGAGGAGCAGCUGCUGCUGGACGCCAUCGAGCAGUUCGGCUUCGGAAACUGGGAGGACAUGGCUGCUCAUGUCGGCGCUUCUCGGACACCCCAAGAAGUGAUGGAGCAUUAUGUAAGCAUGUACAUCCAUGGAAACCUGGGGAAGGCCUGCAUCCCCGACACCAUCCCCAACCGGGUGACAGACCACACGUGCCCCAGCGGAGGCCCCCUCUCGCCCAGCCUCACCACCCCACUGCCUCCCCUGGACAUCUCGGUGGCCGAGCAGCAGCAGCUGGGCUACAUGCCGCUGCGGGACGACUAUGAGAUCGAGUACGACCAGGACGCCGAGACGCUCAUCAGCGGGCUCUCGGUCAACUACGACGACGACGACGUGGAGAUCGAGCUCAAGCGCGCCCACGUGGACAUGUACGUGAGGAAGCUCAAGGAGCGGCAGCGACGCAAGAACAUCGCCCGGGACUACAACCUGGUGCCAGCCUUUCUGGGCAGGGACAAGAAGGACAAGGAGCGGACGCUGAAGCGCAAGAUCACCAAGGAGGAGAAGGAGCUGCGGCUGAAGCUGAGGCCGCUCUACCAGUUCAUGUCGUGCAGGGAGUUCGACGACUUGUUCGAGAACAUGCACAAGGAGAAAAUGCUCCGGGCCAAGAUCAGAGAGUUGCAGAGGUACCGGCGGAACGGCAUCACCAAGAUGGAGGAGUCGGCCGAGUACGAGGCUGCCCGGCACAAGCGCGAGAAGAGGAAGGAGAACAAAAGCCUGGUCGGCGCCAAGAGGGGCAAGGAGGACGGCAAGGACGGGGACUUCGCGGCCAUCGAGCACCUGCCCGGCUUUGAGCUCCUGUCCGACCGCGAGAAGGCGCUCUGCAGCUCGGUCAACCUGAGCCCGGCCCGCUACGUGACUGUGAAAACCAUCAUCAUCAAGGACCACCUCCAGAAGCGACAGGGCAUCCCCUCCAAAAGCCGCCUUCCUAGCUAUCUGGACAAAGUCCUAAAGAAAAGGAUUUUAAAUUUCCUCACAGAGAGUGGCUGGAUAUCCAGGGAUGCUUCCUGAAGCCGGGAGAGUGAUGCUAAAAUAGUUCAUGAGCCAAAAGGAUUGGGGGAGGGGGACGAAGUGCUUUUUCCCUCCACUGUUGCUCUUUUUUAAACACAUUGAGUCCUUUUAAAAGAUUCUCUUCGUGGUCCUCUGAAAGCAGCACUCCCAGUAGCACCAGUCUUACACUAGGUCACGGGGAGCAGACGUGUCUCUUAACUUACUCCUGAAAGUGAUACUUUAAGAUGACGAUUUGCCCUCGCGUGUUCAGUUUGGAGAGUAUUGUGAGAUUGGAGAAUUUACUUUUAUUUUGUGAACUUUCUUCCCUUUGGGUACAAAACCUGUUGUGCUGUGGGUAACAGGAGCAGCAUUUUCCUGCACGACCGACAACCAUCAACUUCCUGCUGGGGGCACAGCUCUUCCCCGGUGGGCCCCGCCCACUGCUGCCAUGGCUGUCCCAACGCGGCCAGGCACAUGGCACUUUACGUGGAGGCGGGCCGGGCACAGAUUCCUCUGCCGUGUGGCAGAUGGAGAGAGUGAGACCAGAGGACAGCGACAGGAUGACAUUUGCUUAGAGACUGCAGAGGCAGCAGCUGGUGGUUGAGCACAGUGACCAAGCGAGCUUCCACUUAACUACUGGCAGUGGCAAAGGCCAAGCUUGUGGUCCCAGAUCCCGACACCGACCCUUGCCUCACUUUACUGUGGGCAGAGCAGUGCCUCGGGCAGGCUCCGGGAGCAUGGCCACGUCCCCAGGAAUGGAAGAGCACAUAGUGGCAAGGGCACAAGGACCAGGAUAGACUGCCAGAUGCUCUAAAGCAGUUUCCCAGGGCUGCCUAUUGCUGCUGUUAGUACCAGCAGUGUAUUUUACUCGGAAGCACCCGUUUUAAAAAGGCUAAAAGUUCUGAGGUCUGGUACUAGCUCCUCAAGAGUUUCAUCACAGCUGCAAGUACCCAGUCACAGGAAAUGUGGCCAUGCCUGCCUGGCCAGGUAUGCACUAGAGUGCGCAGGCCACCUGGCCUAGCAGCACCAGCGUGUGGCCUGCGGGCCUGGCUGCUGCUGCACGGCCACUGCCUUCAGUCAGGUGCAGUAGUGGCUUCUUCCCAGCCUGGUUACAAGUUCUUUCUGGGGCCCUCUUUCAAGGACGCACAUGGUACCUUGUUCUUGAAACCUGAGGAAGUUGUUUUCUGGCUGCUCAGGACUCUCCUGUCCAAGACCCUGCUGUCGAGUCCAUAGAGUGACCAUGACCCCGGCUCCCCCUCCCUAGAGCUUGUCUUGCCUUCUCCUAUCCCCCAUAGGUACUGAGAGACUGUUUACUUCCCAGUGUUUGGGCUGGAAGUUACAUUAAAGUGAAGUUAUUUGCAAGAAAAGAGGAAAACACACCUCAUCAUUGCCGAGGAUGACUUAAUUCUGGUGCCUUUUCCUUUCUUCUUACAUCCUUCUGUCCCCUAGGGUAAAUUUUUCAGCAUUAAAUAAAACACUUCAAGUGUAUCAGAUGUGGCUUUAGUUGUGAGAUACAUUGCGUGCUGGCAGAGAAGUGCUCCGUUAGCUAAGCCCAGUGGUUCUCUUUGACAAUAGAAGAUAGCAGUGGUGUUAGUCAUGAGGGCCACCUCCAUAUUGUCCCCUGCAGGAUAAAUAUGGUCGACAGAGCUGACAUUGUCUACCACUGAACAGUGAUGGAGAUGGUGUUUUUAGUUGUUUUAGCUAGUGGUUCUCAAAGUGGGGUUCCAGGAGCAGCAGCCUGUGUCCCCUGGGAACUCUUUAUAAAUGCAGACUCUCAGGUCCUCUUGAUUCAGAAAUUCUGGCUGUUUUUACAAGCCCCCACAUGACUGGGAUGCCAAGCUGAAGUUGGAGAACGACUGGCCUUAGCUAUUCUGGUGUCUCAUUCAUUGAUUUUCUACACCAGAAUCCUAGCUUGGUGAGGUUUUUAGUCUUAUUUUUAUAUAAAAUGAUUACCAGACUUAAUAUUAAGCUUGAGAAGCAGAAGGUCCCUGUAAAUGUGUAUGGCCCAGGCCAAGAGCUGUCAAGUGAAAAACUUGGUGCUUAAGCACGUUUUUAGUAUGUAUAUCUUUUGGAUGAUGGUAUGAAGAAUUUUAGGCUUGACUGUUCUAAAACACCAUAAUGAAUGUAUAAUUAAUUUAUGUUAAAAUGUUAACACUGUUACAAGGGAGAAGUCAUUUUAUUAUUGGUUGCCUCCUGUCCCAUCAACACCAGCUACUACUGUCACAUUAGUCCUUACCUCUGCUCAGAGCCUCGACAUUUUUAUAUUUAAUUCUCAUGGUAAAUUAGCCACCAUAAUCCCAUGGAAUUAGGUCAUUUUAGAAUUUAAACAAACUGUCUUUGAGUCAAAAAAAUUAAUUCUUCAGCUAUUUGAAAUAAUGCUCUCUGGAUGACCAACAUUCCACGAAUGUAUCAAAAACCGAAACUGACUACCAUUUUUAUUUCCCUUUUACAUAUUAAACGAGUUGAGAACAAAAUA